GAAAUUUUGCGAGGGCAAUUAGUCCCCUACGCAAAAUGGGUCUUCUCAUGAACAAAAAUCGCUGGAUUUGAAAUUGUCCGAUUCCAGGAGGCCAUGGAAGAAGCUGCCCUACCUUUUAAGAAUCUUCAGAGCAGAGAGUAUCAAGGUCACAAGAAGAAGGUACAUUCUGUGGCAUGGAAUUGCACGGGCAUGAAGCUUGCUUCCGGUUCUGUGGAUCAAACUGCUCGAGUUUGGCACAUUGAGCCUCAUGGACAUGGUAAGGUUAAGGAUGUUGAGUUGAAAGGGCAUACUGAUAGUGUAGAUCAGCUAUGUUGGGAUCCUAAACAUUCUGAUCUUAUAGCAACUGCUUCUGGGGACAAGACUGUUCGACUAUGGGAUGCUCGUAGUGGGAAAUGCUCACAGCAAGUUGAACUCAGUGGGGAAAAUAUCAACAUCACCUACAAACCUGACGGGACACACGUAGCUGUUGGGAAUAGGGAUGAUGAACUCACAAUACUAGACGUUAGGAAGUUCAAGCCAAUUCACAAGCGCAAGUUCAAUUAUGAGGUGAAUGAAAUUGCUUGGAACAUGACUGGGGAGAUGUUUUUCCUGACAACUGGAAAUGGUACUGUUGAAGUACUAGCAUACCCGUCGCUUCGACCACUUGAAACUCUUAUGGCUCAUACAGCUGGUUGUUACUGCAUUGCAAUUGACCCAGUUGGAGCGUAUUUUGCCGUUGGAAGUGCUGAUUCCUUAGUUAGCCUAUGGGAUAUCUCUCAGAUGCUCUGCGUGCGAACAUUUACGAAACUCGAAUGGCCUGUGAGGACAAUAAGUUUCAACUACACUGGAAAAUACAUUGCUUCUGCCAGCGAGGACUUGUUCAUUGAUAUAUUGGCAAAAACGGGUUCAUUAGUAGCAUUUUUGUUUCGCACGAAACAGUCGAAUGUCCAAACGGGAAGAACGGUACAUCAGAUUCCUUGUCGGGCGGCGAUGAACAGCGUGGAGUGGAAUCCAAAACACAAUUUACUUGCAUAUGCUGGGGAUGACAAGAACAAGUAUCAGGCUGAUGAAGGUAUUUUUAGGAUCUUUGGGUUUGAAAGUGCAUGAGAAAUGGGAUCAACUACUUUUCAAUUCUGAGAUGAAUUUAUUCUGUUCGUUCAUUUCUGGUUUAGAGAUUCUAUAUGUAAGUGUACUUUCCCAUUGUUAGUGGGUAUGAGAUAAUUUAGAUUUUUUUUUUUAAAAAAAGCAACUUUCAAUGUUUAAAUAAUUUAGUCAUGUAAUUUAGGCUAAAUAUGUGUUUAUUACUUUAAUAUUUGACUAUUUUUUCAGUU